AUGUCGCAUAUCAAGCAAAUCAAGGUCACUGAGCCCUGGCUCGAGACUUCUUGCGGUCUGGGUGAAGCUCCGUUCUGGGACAAGAAGAGCAAUACGUUGCGCUUCCUCGACAUCAUCAAGAAGCAGCUGCAUGUUGUGAAUCUCAACGAAGGGCCAUCGUCGCACAAAACAAUCGAUCUUCCGUUCUCCAUCGGUACUACAGCCAACAUCGAAGGCAAUGAUGACGAGUUCAUCUUUGGCGGCAAAGAGGGAUAUGGUAUCGCGAACAAGAAAACCGGAGAGCCAAAAUACAUCAAGAAGUUCUGGUCGGAUGAGGAGGUGAAGAGUGGCAAGGCAAACCGUAUGCGAAGCAACGAUGGCUCGGUCGAUAGUCAGGGCAGAUACUACGUGGGAACCAUGAACGACCCUACCGUUGUGGACGAGCCUGGACCGGAGGGCAUAUUGUUCAGACUGGAUCAAGAUCUCAGCCUCCACAGAAUCAAGGAGCCGGUGACUAUUCCUAACGGAAUGUCGUGGACCUUGGACAACAAGACCAUGUACAUCACUGACUCGCCGACCGGCAAGAUUGACGCAUACGAUUACAAACUGGAGACUGGCGAGAUCAACUUCUCAGCUGGACGUCCCUUCUUUGAAUGUCCUUUUGAGGGCGGUGUUCCGGAUGGGCACUGUCAAGACGCUCAAGGUCAUUUCUGGGUUGCCUUCUUUGGAACCAGCAAGGUUCUGCGGGUGAGCCCAGCAGGCGAGAUCUCUGUCGAAAUCACACUUCCGACGAGAUGCGUAACCUGCCCAGCGAUUUGUGGAGAAGACCUCUACAUCACGACCGCAGAAGAAGAGGACCCAGACAAGUAUCCUGAGAGCGCAAAACUUCAAGGAGCUACUUUCAAGGUUCCCAUCGGUGUUACAGCUGCUCCGAUCAACGAAUUCAAGAUGGCAGCUAAGGCGUAA